GGAUUCUCCGAUCUGUCCUUUGCCAAAGUUUCGGUUGUGGCGUUGAUACAGGCGCAAGUUCUUGAAUCCCGCGGAAAAUAUGGAAAAUGAUCGAAUGGAGCGCCGACGCUCUUCCUCAAGUUCGCUUCGAUUUUGAUCAGCAAAUCUGGACAACUUCGGAGCUUUAUCACGAUGUCGCGAAAUAGUUUAUAUCCAUAUUCAGAGCCAGGAAUCGGCCACAAACAUACGGACAUGUCUCUUACAUGACUCCACAGCGCAGGUCCUUUUCCAUUACAUCUGAUCUUGCGAGCAUGAACAACGUGAAACGAUUGUGAGAGCGAUUUAACGCGAGAAAAUUCCAUUCUUGAGGACCUUUGAGUUUGAGGAAAAUAUCGCACUGUGCGUAGCUGUAUACAAAUUUGUGUACCUUUUGCCUACGACAGGCUGUCAAUGAACUUGGUUCACGUUCGGAAUAAUGCAUCUCCAUUUAUAUGUCCUCACAUUCAAAAAUCUUUACUCUCAAGAAUUUUUUCUCUCUCUCAUCAAAUGUGUUUACAUCUGUUGACAUUCUUGUUUCCAACCUCUCCAGUUGAAAUCCGCAGUUUCGUCAGUCCAAACAUAUUAUUUCGUAGAGUCAGCAACUUUAUCAUAAUUUCCUGAAGGUAAUCAAAUUUAUCCAGAAUCCAGUACACUCAUACAUCAAGUAUUACCACAUCGCUUUUGCUGGUCACCGUAUAGACUCUUGUCACUGAUUAGCUACUUGAAAUCAGGGCUCUCAUCAGUGUAGAGCAGUACCACCUGCAGGCAAGGGAGAAAAAUCCUACGCACUGAUGACUAUCUCAUGGGUAGGAUUAGAGUCCUCAGACUAUUGAGAAAUCAGGGACUGCUGAUAUUCGUCUGAUUUCUUAGAUGGCUUCAGUGAAGGCAAGUAAGUCCUCAUGGCUUAUGUGCUUAUCCCAUAAGGUGGCACCGCGCCCGAAACAUAAUACCGAUAUGCUGAGCCGACAAGCAGGCGCACGUCACAUUGUUUAUUUCAGACGGUUUUAAGCAGGCUGAAGCUGGAGGACACAGGCGCUCUAAUAGUGUUCCGCUUACCCGGAAGCCACGUAUAAGGUUCACGCUUUACUAGCGUCAUUGGCCCUUACCAG